AUGCCGUUGUCUUACACUCGACGCUAUAUGAUAAUGCUAGACUUAUCACCCCAGUUGGACAACAUCGAAUACUCUCUCAUCCAAACAUGCAGCACAGCCAGUGAAGCCCAGGAGGUCUUCAUGGUUCUAACCUGCAAUAGUGCCGAAGUCACCAUGGCAAAUGGAGACGAGGGACGACAUCUUAUCGGACGACCAGUGAAGCGCUAG